AUGAGAAGAGUAAAAUUAAAGGAUUUACCACCGAACAGCUACAUGUUGCCUCAUCAUGGGGUUCUUAAAGAACAGAGCACUACCACCAAGCUCAGGGUGGUAUUCAAUGGGUCAUGGAAAACAACAUCUGGCGUAUCAAUCAACGAGAUACUUCAUGUGGGCCCCAAGAUCCAAGUUGACAUCAGUGAUGUACUGAUUCGCAUUCACUGUCAUCGCUAUCUAUUCGCUACUGACGUAACUAAAAUGUUUCGUCAGAUUGCAGUUGACAAGGAAAAUCAUCAUCUACAGUGCAUACUCUGGUUUGACAAAGAUGACAUCCCAACAGUUUUUGCACUCGCUACGGUUACUUAUGGAACAACAUCAGCUCCAUAUCUCGCUGGGAGAGCACUUUUACAACUCGCUGAAGAUGAAGGAAAUAAAUUCCCGAAAGCUGUUGAACCGCUAACAAAGACACGCUACGUUGAUGACAUCUAUGGAGGCGCAGAUGAACUCGCUGAGGCAAUUCAAGUUGCUCUCGAAACUAAAAACAUGUGUGCCGCAGGAUGCUUUCCGCUUGCAGAAUGGGCAAGUAAUUCAACGGAAUUACUUUCCCAAGUCGCUCCAGUUGAAACCCAAGAAGAUACACCACGAGAACUUGGGGAUACCACAGUAAAAGUGCUCGGAUUAACCUGGAAUUCUACACAGGAUACAUUCCAGUUUGGCUAUUCGCUACCAGAAGCAUCUCCAACUACUAAACGCACAAUUUUAUCUGAAAUUGCUCGCUUGUUUGACCCAAUUGGGUUUUUGGCACCGAUCAUUGUGAGAGCCAAAAUGUUCAUGCAGAAGUUAUGGCUGCAGAACUUCGACUGA